CCCUUGUUUAAUGACAAUUCUAUCAGCUCCCUGGAGCUCACUGUAUUCAUUGCCCAGUGUGAUAUAAGUAGCUUUUUUUUGUUGAAUGUAUCAAGCACUCUGUCCCGACAAGCGGUCGGAGCUGUUCGCUGGUGCUUUACUUGUGCGUCAUGGUUAAGUUCGAGAUCUUUAUGGGGCUUGCACUGCUACUGUUUGUGUCAGCAGAUUGCCUAGAAAAUCUCUUGCAAAUAAAACGAGACUCAUCCCCGCCACAAUGGAAACGAGAGUCAACCCCACCACAAUGGAAACGAGACUCGUCCCCACCACAAUGGAAACGAGACUCGUCCCCACCACAAUGGAAACGAGACUCGUCCCCACCACAAUGGAAACUAGACUCGUCCCCACCACAAUGGAAACGAGACUCGUCCCCACCACAAUGGAAACGAGACUCGUCCCCGCCACAAUGGAAACGAGACUCGUCCCCACCACAAUGGAAACGAGACUCGUCCCCACCACAAUGGAAACAAGACUUGUCCCCACCACAAUGGAAACGAGAGUCAACCCCACCACAAUGGAAACUAGAGUCAACCCCACCACAAUGGAAACGAGACUCGUCCCCACCACAAUGGAAACGCGGCAUAUUCCAUUAGCAAGACUACUAAGAAAAAUAAAAGGAAAAUCGACAAAAUCAAAUUAAUAUGUCUGAUUUGAAAUUUCUUAUGAAGGGAAGAAAAGUAAGAACUGUUAAUAAAGUCAGACUGUCAAAAAAGCAGAAAAGUUGUAAUAACAAUGCGACUCGCGCUAAAGCUUUGAUAGUUUCGCCAAAAGAAGGGUUAAAGAAACGUACAUUAAAACCUAGUGUCAAUCAAUAGGCCAUUCCAGCUAUAACCAUGCGCGCGCACUCACCAUGGGAACCUACCUCAACUACCGGCAUGCAGCGCGCACUUCGUUUGAUGUAAGCUUAAAAAAGCGCGCACUGCAUUCUGGUAUUUGAGGUAGGUUUCUAUGGUUAUGCGCACGCAAACUUAUAGCUGGAAUGGCCUAUUUGUGAUUCUCGCAUGUUGGCUUAAUUUCCUAAAACAAUCUCUUUUGGUGAUCACGGUAACGCGCGUCGCACAAUUAUUUGAAGUGGUGAGUUUCUCUACAAUCUGAAGUGUUUUUAGUAUAACUUGUUCUUUAAAAGAAUCAUUUUUUCAAACGAUUACAGAAUCAUAAAGAAGAGCGAAAACACG